GAUGCCUUCCUAAGCUUUAGCUUCUAUAAGGACUAUAAGGAGAGGCGAGAGGCGAAAGUAAGCAUCAUCUGUUUCAAGUUAAAUAUUCUGUUUGCUGUUUCAUUUCCAGGGCGAAAGUAACUUAAAAAAGUGGAAACCACGAUGAAUACAAUGUGGAUGGCACACAAGACCAAGAGCUACUCGAAAAAUGGGAGCUCAAAACGGAAAGAAUCGCCGCAGAACGGAUCCCCAGCGCACUCGGGCUUCCUCCAGGACGAGUACGACUUUGAACUGGACAAGUACAGCGAUGAAUGCGAUGACAGAUUUAUGGACUACCACGACGAGAGCGACGAAGGUAGGCCGACCGGCGUCCUACCGAGGCAGGGCUUAAAUUUUGCUCGCAAAAUUUCAGACACGGAAGAGGCGAGCGAAACAGAUAUGGGCAAAACCGAAGAAUACACGGAAAUUAAAGAACAAAUGUAUCAAGACAAACUGGCGUCUCUGAAGAAACUGGUGCAGCAGUUAAAGGACGGAAGUCACCCAGAGUAUGUAACAAAACUUCGAAAAUUGGAGGCAGCGCAAAAAGAGAGACUUCGGCUGAACGUGAUCUGGAAGGACUACGAGAUCGAGUGCGUAGAGAAGGACUACAUCCACGAGAAAAAGAUGGCGGCCAAGGACUAUGAGGAGAAGAAGGUGGAGUUGAGGGAGCUCCUGAUGGCCGAGCUGGAGGAGAAGCGCAAGAUGGUCGACUCAGAGCGGCAGAGCAUGGAACUGUCUGGCGACUCGAUGGAGGUGAAGCCUGUGAUGACGCGGAAGCUGCGGCGGCGGCCCAACGACCCGGUGCCCGUGCCUGAGAAGAGACGAAAGCCGCCACCGGCCACGCUCAACUACCUGCUCGAAGACAAGGAGAUUGAGUCUGACCUGAGACAGAUGGUGCGCUCGCGGCCUGUCGCAGGCCUCCUGCCGCCCCGCAAGCCGUCCCUGUCAGCUGCCGCGGCAGCUUUUGGGGACGCGCCACUACCUGAUACAAGGAUUGAGGAUGGAAAGCUGCUGUUUGAACGCCGCUGGUACCACCGGGGGCAGCCUGUUUAUGUUGAGGCCAAGGACGCGGCCACUUACCCUGCCGUCGUCACCGCUAUUGGCACCGAGUCUAUAUCUGUCAAGAAAACCUCGGACGGGUCCAAGGUGAAAAUAAACCUGUUCCAGCUGGUGCGGGGAACGUAUUCAAUCAAGAGGAGAGCGCCCUAAUUCCGUGGUGCUCCUGUACAUUAUCUGUUUGACUGCGUGUGAGCGUGUGUGAUGCAAAAGUGGCAACUGGACGAGUCGAAGGCAGUGUAAUAAAUUAAAUGAAUUACAUACUUUAUUUCAAUCUCAAAA